GUCGCCAGGCUCCCACCCAGCAGACACGGCCGGAGACAAGAGAAGGCAGAGAGUGUGAAGGAAAAGCCUCACCGGGGCGAGAAGGAAGUCGUCCAAAGCCAGCUGGUCUGGCUUUGAGGAAAGCGAGAGAAAGGACGAGAGAGAGAGAGCGAGAGAGAGCGAGAGAGAGCGAGAGAGAGAGAGAGAGAGAGAGAGAGAGAGAGAGGGGAGUUAAAAGUAAAGAAAGUUUCCAUGUGACGAAGGAAAGCGUAACCUACGUGAAGCGAGGAGAGAAGCAUCCGAGGCGGAGCCAUCACAGCGGGUUCUGUGAGGGCAUCAGCAGCACAACAGAUCCAGGUGAGAAAAAUCUCUUUCCCAAGGAGGAGAAAGCAGCAGGAAGCUUGCGACGGGAGCUCCGAGCAAGAAAGGGAAGGCAGAGCAAGCACAGGAGCCGAACUGGAUAUUCCGGGGCCAUAACGGAGGUGGUUAUCAGCGCUUUGAUCGCCGGGUAGCAGCGUGGACUGCGAGGAAAGACAUACACAGAGAAACAGACAGAGAGAGAGAGAGAGAGAGAGAGAGAGAGAGAGCAGAAGAGGAGCGCUACGCCAGAGGACGUGUACAAUGUGCUAGUGGCGCGGAGGUGGACGAGCCUGUUUUUCUGAUAUUCCUGGGGUGUCAGAGAGACCGACUGCGACGCCAAGAUGGGCCGGAAGAAGAUCCAGAUCACGCGGAUUAUGGACGAGAGGAACCGUCAGGUCACCUUCACGAAGAGGAAGUUCGGCCUGAUGAAGAAGGCCUACGAGCUGAGCGUGCUGUGCGACUGCGAGAUCGCCCUCAUCAUCUUCAACAGCUCCAACAAGCUGUUCCAGUACGCCAGCACCGACAUGGACAAGGUGCUGCUGAAGUACACCGAGUACAACGAGCCGCACGAGAGCAGGACCAACUCCGACAUCGUGGAGAAAUUAAGAACCAAAGGCCAUAAUGACUGUGCCAGUCCCGAUGCCGAUGACUGUUUUGGCCACAGUCCCCUCAUGGACGACCGUUUCGGCAAACUAAGCGAAGCGCUAAACAAGAAAGAACACAGAGGCUGUGAUAGCCCGGAUCCCGAUGCCUCGUAUGUCCUCACCCCGCACACAGAAGAAAAAUAUAAAAAAAUUAAUGAGGAGUUUGAUAAUAUGAUGCGAAAUCAUAAAAUCCCCACAGCUCUGCCCCAGCAGAAUUUCUCCAUGCAUGUGGCAGUACCAGUGACGAACCCCAACCCCAUGUCCUACAACCCCGGGGGCUCUCUGAGCAGCCAGGGCCUACCAGCUGCCGCGGCCUCCCUGAGUGACGGCUCCAUGCUGUCCCCUCCCCAGGGCUCCCUGCACAGAAAUGUGGUGUCCACCGGCGCCCCCCACAGGCCGCCCAGCACGGGCGGCGCAGGAAAUGGCUUCAUUAACCCGAGGAGCUCGCCGGGGCUUCUGGGCACCCCCAGCGGGAACGGGCUGGGGAAAGUCAUGCCCACGAAGUCCCCUCCGCCACCAGGGGGCAGCAUGGGCAUUGGCACCCGCAAGCCAGACCUGAGAGUCGUCAUACCACCAUCCAGCAAGAGCAUGAUGCCUCCGCUGUCAGAGGAGGAAGAGAUGGAGUUGAACACCCAGAGGAUAAGCAGCUCCCAGUCCACACAGCCGCUGACCACCCCUGUGGUCUCAGUCACCACACCAAGUCUACCACCACAAGGCCUGGUCUACUCAGGCAUGCCUACUGCCUAUAACACUGAAUAUUCCCUGAGCAGUGCUGAGCUCUCCUCUCUGCAAGGCUUUGGUUCUCCAGGGCUCUCGCUGGGCUCUGUGUCGGCAUGGCAACAGCAUCAACUGGGCCAGGCAGCUCUCAGCUCGCUGGUGGGUGGUGGUCACUUACCUCAGGCCUCCAACCUCUCCAUCAACACCAGCCAGAACGUCAACAUCAAAUCGGAGCCCAUUUCACCCCCGCGUGAGCGUGUCACCCCAUCCGGCUUCCCCCCACAGCCCCCCGCUGCCCGUCCGGACAUGGGCCGCUCACCUGUCGACAGCCUCAGCUCCUCCUGCUCAUCGUAUGAUGGCAGCGACCGGGAGGACCACCGGCCCGACUUCCACUCGCCGCUGGCCCUGGGCCGAGGCCCUGUGCCCGGCGCUGACGAGCGCCACAGCCCGUCUGUCAAGCGCAUGCGCAUGGACGCCUGGGUGACAUAGAGGCGCCCGGGGGCCCGAGCUCCAGGCAGCCGCACGUGCAGGCGGGCGGGCGAGGGUGAGCCGGGCGAGAGGUCAGAGGCAGGGAGGGUCCUAAUUGUUAUUAUUCUAUUAUUAUUAUUUAACUUCAUUUUUGUUUCAGAAGGAAGGGAGCGCUGAAGGAAAUUCUAAAUGACCUGACCUAUUGAAACUAAGCAAAGAGAGACACAUCAGUCCUUUAGUAGAGAGCAGAAGCCCUGUGGUCUAGGCUGGCUUGAAUGCUCAGAGCUGGGGUUAUCAGGUACUUAAUGCUGUGCGCUUUUAGCCAGAGUCCAAUACGUAAGGAAAAUAAAGAUGAUGUAGUGAGACGUUUUCGAUCGUGGUAGUUGCGGGUCUGGUCCGGCAGUUGUGGUAGCUGUUCUUGCUGUUGAAUUCACAGGUUUUGAAACAAUCCCGCUGGGCUGAAGGGUGAGCUCUGAGCUCUGACUGCUGGCCUCUUGACAUAAUCCUCUAACUUCACAUACCCUAAGAACGUAAGUCACACGCUAACUUAUUCACAAUUGACCAUAUUAAAAGGUUUUUGGUUUACAAUGGGAGUCCAAUGUCUAGAAUGAGAUCACAGUUGUUUUCAAGCUUAGGAUAUUAGCUAUAUUGUAACAUAGGAAAGACAAGUCAUACAACUUUAGUGGGUUUUUUUUUUGUUGUUGUUCAAAAACAAAGCAUCAACUGUACAAUGUAUUCAUGAUACAUUUUUAAAGAAUAGAAAAUAAAUGAAACGCUAGCCCAGGUGAACUGGAGACGAGAGUCCUCAAUUUAAUGCAGCUUAAACAAAUCAACGAUAAAAUAAGCCAAAGCCUCUAUGUUUAAAUUCUGUUUUGCUGUAGGUUUAGAAAAUCUCAUUUCUACAUUCACUAUUCAUUUCAUUCUUCUUCUAUAAUAUUGUCUUUGUUACAAACUAUGAAAAAGAAAAAAAUCUCCAUGCAAACCAGACCUUGAAACAAUAUCUAAAGCCAUGAACACUCGCUGUUCUGUUUGUAAAUUAAAGAUUUGAGCCAAACUUUUUUCCUUUUGUUAUGUAUAUAGCAACUUUAAUAUAUAUCACCUUCGAUGUAAGUACGUAUGUAUUGUACCUUCACCAGAUUGAAGAAAAAAGUAUAUUUUUUGUGGAUUACUGCCAGGUUUACAAGGCAAGAUCCUUAUUCAGUAGAGCAUUCACUGGUUAAUAUUACUAUUUUGUUAACUAUACUGUACUGUCUUCAAAUCUGACUUAUUGAUAAUAAUAAUCAAAGUGUUUUUAUUUGAAAUAAGGUUUUUUGGUCGUUUUCCCUUUAAUGAUGGUGAAUGUCUGUCCUUCAGAAAUUGUAACAACAGUGCUGUAACUUUCAAACUCCGCUGUCUCGUUUUCAGUUCCUUUGGUUUUUGUAAAAGGAUCGUUAUGAAAUGAUUUUCUUUCUUUUACUGUACACACACUGCCAGCUCUAAAAACCAAGGACCUGUUUCGAGCUCCGAGGCACUGUCCUCUCGAUAGCCAAUCAAAGACACGCAUCUCCUCGAUAACGGACGUAUGAUUCGUGGAUAUAUAUAUAUAUAUACUGUUUGGCUUACAUCUCAGUUUAUUUGGAGUUAAUUUACACCCUCAGCUCCUAUAGUUUGAGCCCCUCUUCAAAGGCACUUCUUAUCCACAUAUUGUAAAUACUAUAACCUUAUCAAAACCUAAUACAUACGUGCUAUGUACAGAACACAACGUCUCUUUCCAUGUGCGUUUGGUGAAUUGGCUUGGCAGAAUAUCGGCCGAGGCGCUCCAGUCUGAGGAGGGCGCUGCUGUAACUGCUGCCCCCCUUUAUGUUCUGGGGCUGGAGGCAGGCGUCCGUCCCUGCAGGCCGAGAUGCGUCCCCCCGCUGCACCGCGUUGUCCCGUGGCAGCGACAGUCGUGCCCCCCCUCUGACCCCCCACCCCCACCCUACGCACCGUCAGGGGCUUCAGCAGCAAAAAAAAAAAAAAGACCCUUUCAAACGCCAGACGAAUGCAAACCCACCUCUCUGCCGGACUGCACAAGCUCGCACCGUCGGGUUCGCCGUCGGGAAAAAGGAGGCUCCCUCUCUUUAAAUUUGCUAUCUAUUUCCCCCCUUCUUUGUGUGUUUUCAUGACCUCCCUGCCGUUAUAGGCACAGCUGCAGCGUGGCAAUAAAGCUGGCGAUAAUCUAUGCAGUCUGCAAACAGCACACAGGGCCGUGGAGGAGGCCUCUUACCACAGCAUUCACGCUGAUAGGUCUGAUAGGGAAAAAAAAACACACCAACUUUGUCACAUGCCCAUAUAUGAGGAUACCUAGCAUAUGAUUAACAUGCUCGGGAUGCAGUUGAGAAAAUGACUGUUAACCUUAAGCCCUUAAGUGCUUGCAUAUUACGCAGGUGCACAUUUUAUUGGCAACACUUUAAUCACCACCGAAAGCCAUUUUACCACUGAAUUACCUUAAUAGGAGUCCUUUCGCUAUCUAGCACAUUGAAGUCUCACUCUUCUUCACGGGAGACUUCAGUUCAGCUGAAAGGAGACGCUUGGAAGUCCACGUUUUUAUGAUGUCCAUCACAAUCGACGCCUUUCAGGGUAGACAAGCAAUAAUGUAAUUACACCCGUGCAGUGGGAUACACUGCUCUGCAGAGUAGUGACAUACAGGGCACUCAGACUGCAGCGAACACACACACACACACACACACACACACACACACACACACGCAUGCGCGCUAGCUCAUCAUUAGGAAUCAGGGAAUUUCUAGACUCUCUCUUGUGCACAGUUAGAGCCUUAUUCCAAAGAGCAGGUGGUGUUCCAAAUCCAGCUUGAUAUUUCUCAUCAACAUUAAUUUCAUCCCCAAAUGAAUAAAAAAAACCCUGAAAACAUGGUUAUCGUGGAGAGAUUAAACACAGUCACUCCUUGUUUAUCAGUCCCCAACAAACACACAAGAAAAACAUAGAAUUACAUAGAAAUACACAGAAAUCCAUAGAAAUACAUAGGGAAUCUAAAGGGAGGAAGUCGCUCGCUUUGAACUGCGUGUUGCUCACAAUGUGGUAAAAUGAAGAGAAUGUGAAAUGGAGGGAAAACAGUUAUUUGUAGAGAACUUUCUUCACUUUGCUGUGCAAGAUUACACUGCUUUGCUUUAUGGCUUUUCUAAAACGGAACUCUGUAUUUGGUAAUCGUAGUUACUAGCUCACUUCAAGAAGCUGUUUACGGUUUGGCCACUCGAACCGUUUGGCGGCACAAGCUGGACUUUGUUGCCAUGAAAUGAAAUGUUUCAGAUAAAAAAAAAGAAAGUCAAGAGAAACGUUUAAGCUCAUCUGCAUUAUAUUUCCCUUGAAUGUGUUGUUUUAUCUUCAUGAUACAAUAAAUAUUCUAGUGAACUUUUUAUUGAAUGACUAAGAUAUUAUGCUAGAGAUUGUUGUACAAAUUUGUAUUCUGCAUUCACUUAAGUAAAGAUAUUGGCUUUUACUGUGUAACAUAGGUUCUCUUGCUUAUUCUGUACAAACUGAAGUGAAAAUCCUCUGAAUCUGAGUAGACUUUGUCCACCUGUGAAGUCCCGAACUUUAGAAAUUGUCCACUUUAUUAAAAACCUCUAUGUACCCUCAAA